CAUUGAACCCCACACUUCAAAGUUAAAGCUCCAGCUACGUAUUCAAUGUACCUGCUUUGUAGUCGCGAUUUGACUUUGACUUUAAGAAGCAAAUCUGAUAAUACUAAGUACACUUUUACUAAUUCACGUCAAUUAAACUAAUCGCGAAAACCCAAGACAGGCAUUAUAUUCAAGGCUAAGCUUGUAUCCCUAGAAGGAAUCAAUUGUCGUUAAGAGCUUGUUUGGCCAACAGAACCGGAAGUUUCAAAGGAAAGAUCUGAAAAAAGAAUAAAAGAACCGAAUAAUUAAUACACUGCCCUACACCCGUGCCUUAACACAUAAACUUGAGCUGGGGCAAACGUCAUCUGAGAGAAACAGCUCCACCCGCUUCCACCGGAACGACACACACCAUGGCGCAUCUCUCGGCACUUUCGCCCACCACAUCUAGACCCAUAAGUUCUCGCGGCUUCACCCUGGGCGUUUCGUCCUCCUCCUCUGAGGAUGAAGAUGAUGACGCCCCCCUCCCCUUCCCCAUGGCGCUCCCGCGCUCCGACUUCCUAGCCCCGGACUUUGACCCGGCAGAAUACCUCUCCUCCCUAGCGAACCGCCACCAGACCCUCGAAGACUUGCGCUCCGACCUACGCGAGCGCAGUUCUGCCAUCAGCACCGAGCUGCUCGAGCUCGUCAACACCAACUACACCAGCUUUUUAAGCUUGGGGGACGAACUGAAAGGUGGCGAAGAGAAGGUCGAGGAUGUCCGGGUAGCGCUUCUCGGGUUUCGGCGAGCUGUGGAGGAGAUCAAGGGCCGGGUUAGAGAAAGGGGGUUAGAGGUUGGUGGGCUAAAUAAAGAUUUGGGUACUGUGAGAAGUGACAUCGAGACGGGAAGGAAGAUGUUGGAUCUUGAUGAGAGGAUAUCCGCGCUCGAGGGACGGCUGGCGGUGGGAAGUACGGGGGCAGAUAGUGAUGACAGUGACGAGGACGAAGAGGAUGAAGAGGAAGAUGAGCUACAUGGGGCAGUGGGGAGCAGCUCUACGAAGCUCGCCCGGCUAGCAAGUGACUACGUCGCAAUAGAUGAGCUGGCCACCGAGAUUGGAAGGGAGACGCCUUUUGUACGGAAAGCGGAGGAAAGACUGGUGAGAUGUCGCAAUACCAUCCUUCUAGACUUGGGGGUGGCAUUGAAGGAGACCAAGAAGGUAGGCCAAAAGGGGCAACCAAAAUUACUCAAGCUCAUGAGUGUCUACUCUCUGCUAGACGCCCAAGUAGAAGCAGUCAAGGCCUUGAAGAGCAAAUAAGGAUCUAAGAACGACUUCGUUUGACAUUUGUCUAGCAUUACGAGCAUGACCGUAAAGAGAGAUACCCAAAUAUGUGGCUUGCUCAAAUAAUAUGAUACAUUUUUACA